CUAACCUUUUAGGCGGGGAAGUGUUUUAGAAAAUAGGAUUAUAACAAUAUGCUGUCGAAUAUUGCGGUGUAAAUGCAGUAAACGUAAUCUGCAGAUCAUAAUUGAUGUUGAGUGGCGAGUAAAUUUUCUCUGAGAACUGAAAGAGUGCGUGUGUUUGUAACGAAAUACUGAACGUAAUGUGCCAGUGAAGUAAGAAGGGAACCGUGGAAAGCGUGUUUAAAAUUGUUUCUUCCUGUUGUUGACUCUCGCAGUGUGACUCGCAGUACACUGCAUACUACCCAAGUCGUGUUCCUGAGGUCUGAAAUAAUUUUGUCAGAGUAUAGAUGGACGUGCGAGUGAAAGUUGUGUAGUCAUACAUACCUAACAUCACAUAGCAAAUUUUCCUUUGUGCUCGAUAAUGCAGUAGGAUUGUUGCUACCAUAGCGGACUCAAAAGGAUAUGCUUUUUUGUUGGAUAGAAGAAAUUGUUUCGUGGAGUGAGAAAGUAAUUCGUAUUGAAGAGAAUGACUGUAAGAUGAAUACGACUGGAAUAUUUGAUUGCGGCCUAUGAACCUUAUCUUGGCGAUUAUGGAGAGCACUGAAAUGCCAGAAUUUCUGCACAGAGGUAGCAUGGAUGAUGGCAGUAGUGACGCAGCUGGUCUGAGGGCUAUCUCAGAUGAUGAAUCUCUCCCUGUUGAGGAUUCUAACAGGGAUAUCUCUUUGAGGAAAAAUGCCUUUGAACAGAAGUGUGGUAUUAAUGUAAUUAUGCAUACAGAUGACAAUAACAGUGACAGUGAAAUAUCUACUAGUAAUUUCUCUCCACACAAUGAAGUUGUAAACGGAGUUUCGGAACUAUCAAAAGAUGGAAUAUCAGAAGAAGAAUCUAAAGAUGCCCAUUUUAAUGUAGAGCCAAGAAAUGGAAUGAACAAAGAUGAGGAUUCUAUUGAUGAUUUUUGUGAUGUUGGUGCAGAGUUCUCUUCGCAAGAUUUUGUUCCAAAAUCUCUAGGAUUGAAAGAUGAAAUAUCAGAAAGUGAGGAUGGUGGUGAUGGCGAUGGUGAUGGUCCUAUUGCUGCUUUAAAGUACACUGUUUCAGAUGAAACAACAGGUGAUGGUCUGGAUGAAGAUAGUAGUAAUCCAAACAUAAAUGUCAUUCAAGAAAAUGCAGUAACAAAUGAGCAGGACAAGAUGGAAAAGAAAUUGUGUUCCAGUGAGGAAUCAAAAAGUGGAUUGUGUGAUGAUUAUUGCGCUGAUGGUGGUGAUGAAAAUAAUGACUGUCAAAGGAGGAAUAAGACAGAAAAGACCAUAAAACCUUCAGUUGUAGAAGACUAUCUCUCAGAUGAAAAUUCAUCAGACAAAGAAACUUCUAAAGUUGUCUCUGAUGACGAAAGUGGUGGAGGCAAAUUAGAAGACCGACAGUUUAAAGGAAUAUCCAGUGAGACUUCUUCUGAAGAUGAGACUGCCAAGGGAGGUACAUCUGCAGAUGGAAAAUUACACGAAAUUGAGAGGGAUACUUCUGAAGAUGAUGAUCCUAAAGAGGCUAUACGAGAAGGUAAACAGCUAAAAGAAAUCUCAGAAGACAAUUCUUCUGAAGGUGGAUCUGCUGUUGGAGACACAUUAGAUGAUGAUUAUGGCACCGAAAAAUGUAAUGCACCUUCUGAACACAAUAAUGAUGAAAUUUCAGAAGAUGAGAGCAUAAAAAGCAAUUUUGGAGUAAGAGAAGAUUCCUUGGAGAGGAAAACUUUGUCUUAUGGUGACUUGCAGCGCAGUUCUGCAGAAGAGUAUGAAAAGAGUGAUGCUUCAGGUAAUGAGAGUGAUGGUGAUUCAUCAGAUUAUUCCAGCCCCCACGAGAAUGAUUCCUAUGGCUUUGACGAGCAUGUCAAACCCUCAGGAGACGAACAUAUUUCUUCAUCCGACAGUGAAUCAUUUGAUAAAGCUUCUAUGAUAGAUUCUGAAGAGAAGUCUUCUCGUAGUCAUGACUUUAAACAUCAAACAACAGAGUGCAGUUUGUCUCCAAACAGACAUAAAUAUAUGGAUGUCAGGAAAGACAAAACUGAAACUUUUAGUGAAGAUUCAUAUGAUGAUAAAGCUGUGAACAGUGGUUCAGAAGAUGUAAAAUCCCACAUGCAUCUUUCACAGGAUGGGAGUUGUGAGGCAAAUGAUGGGGAGACUGAAACAAAUAAUGUUGAAUGUAGGCGAGGCAUUCAGGCAACAGUUGCUGCUGAAGAUGAGAGUUCAAACCUGGUAACCACUGAUAACGUGAGAGAACAAAUAAGACGAAAUGAAAGGGGCACACUUCAGACAGACACAGAAAUGAUGGGUUGUUCCUCCACUGUAGGUAACAAAGGGGAUGAGAAUUAUAUUGAUAUGUCUCCUUCUAAUAAAGAUAAAAAAUGUGAAAUUUCAGAAGAGGAAGGCUCUGAAGUUGCAGCUAACCUUGGCGAAGAAUCAAAGACUUUAUCUGAGACAGAGCUCCUUGGUGAGAGUGUACUUGAAUGUGAAGAUAAGGAAGAAGCACCAGGUUUAAAUGAAGAAAGAAGCAUGGGAAAUCAGACUUAUGAAAAUGUUUUAAAGGAAAAUAUGUGUGAAAAUUCCUUCACCAGAAAACCAGAAAAUGAAAAUGAUAAUUGUCAGAUCAGUUAUGAAGGAAAGUCAUUAAAGCCUGAAGAUGAAUCAGUAAAAUUAGAAGAUUUUAACUGUCUUUCCAAAGAUAAAUCUUCAGAACAUGAACAAUUGAAACAUGAAGACAACAGAACUAGUAGUGAUAGUGAAGAAAAUAAUGUACAAGGAAAGGGUACUGAUGGAACUGGAGAUACAUUGUCUUCUGUAUUUAAUGUUUCAGAUGAUGACAGAAACACAGACAGCCCGUGUCAGAUUUUGGACGAUAAUGAACAGAAGGAUGCAGGUUUGGAAGGUCUUAAUCUGUCAAUUGUACCACAGGAUAAUCAUUCAGAUGACGGAUGUAGUUCACAGGUUCAAGUGGAAAAUAUUAAAAAUGUUGCAUGGAAUGAUGAUGGUGGUGAUCUGUUUAGCUCUGGUGUUGAGUCUGUGGCAAAUAAUGAGUCAGACAACAGUGUCAGAAAUUUAGCAUCCCUUGAUGAGAUACGCGAGACUAAGCCCUCAGAAGAUAUAAAUGCAGGUGAACACGAAAGAAAAGAAAAAGGUGAAAUUAUUGAUGAUAAUGACAAACUGUUCGAACGACAAAAAGAGACUAAAAGAGAUGCAGUUCAAGAGCAUGGAGAGGAAUGCGAAACAACUCAAAGUUUAGUUUAUGUUGAAAGCAAGGAAAGUGAUACAGGAAAUAGAGAAACUCAGAAUAGGGAAGUUAAUUUUAAAGGAAGUAAUAGUAAUGCUCUGUCUGACUUGCAAAUGGAAUCACUGUGUACUGAAAGCAGCAGAACCAUUUCACUUGAAGAAAAAGCAGCAGGGGUUCUGUCCCGCAGUCAGCAUGAUAGUUUGGUAACUGACAAGGAGACGAUAUUUGUUGAAGAUAGUGUUGCUGUGGCAUUAGAUCGUCAUCAAAUGCCAUCUACAUCUCAUUUAGCAGUUUCUGAUUUGAAAGAUAAAGCUGAUGUGGGGGAAAUGGAUUCUGGCCUUAUAUCUUCUGAGACGUGUGAAUCUGAAGCUGAUAAUUCACAGAGAAAUUUAUUAGGAAAUGAUAAGCCAGGAAAUUAUUCUGCCGAUAGCACUGGCAAUAUAUCUUGUGAGACAGAUGAAUCUGAUGCAGAUGAAUCAAAGAAAAGUUUAUUAGGAAGUGAUAACCUAGAAAAUGUGCCUGAAGUUGUGCCUCCAAACACAAUUGAAAGGAAAGUGGAACACUUUGUCCCUAUUAAAUCAAAUACUCCAGAUCAUAUGAAAAAUGAUGACACAGUUAAUGACAGGAAGUUUUGUUCAGACAACACUAAAUUAGAGGAUGCCAGACAGGAAGAAGAGAAAGAGGAGCAGCAUGUGCAGGAGGAGGUGGAGGAAGAGGAAGAGGAGGUGGUGGUGGAGGAGGAGGAGGAGCAGGUGGACAAGGAGGAACAGGUUGAGGUUGAGGAGGAGGAGCAGGUUGAGGAGGAGCAGCAGAUUGCAGGGGAGGAGGAGCAGCAGAUUGCAGGGGAGGAGGAGCAGCAGAUUGCAGGGGAGGAGGAGCAGCAGAUUGCAGGGGAGGAGGAGCAGCAGAUUGCAGGGGAGGAGGAGCAGCAGAUUGCAGGGGAGGAGGAGCAGCAGAUUGCAGGGGAGGAGGAGCAGCAGAUUGCAGGGGAGGAGGAGCAGCGGAUUGCAGGGGAGGAGGAGCAGCGGAUUGCAGGGGAGGAGGAGCAGCGGUUUGCAGGGGAGGAGGAGCAGCGGAUUGCAGGGGAGGAGGAGCAGCGGAUUGCAGGGGAGGAGGAGCAGCGGAUUGCAGGGGAGGAGGAGCAGCGGAUUGCAGGGGAGGAGGAGCAGCGGAUUGCAGGGGAGGAGGAGCAGCAGAUUGCCGAGGAGGAGCAGAUUGCCGAGGAGGAGCAGAUUGCCGAGGAGGAGCAGAUUGCCGAGGAGGAGCAGAUUGCCGAGGAGGAGCAGAUUGCCGAGGAGGAGCAGAUUGCCGAGGAGGAGCAGAUUGCCGAGGAGGAGCAGAUUGCCGAGGAGGAGCAAGUGGAGGAAGAACAGGAGGAGGAGGAGCAGUUGGAGGAGGAGCAGCGGGAGGAGGAGCAGUUGGAGGAGGAGCAGGCGGAGAAGCAGCAGGUGGAUGAGGAGCAGGCAGAGGAGGAGCAGGCGGAGAAGCAGCAGGUGGAUGAGGAGCAGGCAGAGGAGGAGCAGGCGGAGAAGCAGCUGGGGGAAGAGCAGGCGGAGGAGGAGCAGGCGGAGGAGGAGCAGGCGGAGGAGGAGCAGGCGGAGGAGGAGCAGGCGGAGGAGGAGCAGCUGGAGGAAGAGCAGGAGGAAAAGCAGCAGGUGGAUAAGGAGCAGGCGGAGGAUGUGAAGGAGGAGCAGAAGGUGGUGGUGGUGGAGGAGGAGGAGGAGGAGGAGGUAAGAAAUGAAGAAACAAAGUGUAUCAAAUUCAUGUCCUCAGAAUCCUUUGGAAGAGUCUGUACAGAAGGAUUUUAUCCCUCACACUUCUAA